AUGGGGCCUGAGGACGUGGCCAAGUGCUGGUGCUGUGGCCCAAAGCUGAGCUGCUGGGCAGCUGGAGGCAGCCCCACGCAGGGACACUGCGGACCCCACCCUCUGUGCGGCCAGGUCCUGGGCCAGGAUGCCGGCAGCACUCUGUCCUGGGGUGGUCAGGACCACCCGGACGGGCAGAUCCUAGGCCAGCUCCAUCCGCUGGUGGAGGAGGAGGAGGGGGCCGGGGCCGCCCCACCUGCAGGGCCGGCCCUCCCGGAGAUGGGCUCCGAGGAGCUGCGGCUGGCCUCCUUUUACGAUUGGCCGCUGACUGCUGUGGUACGGCCUGAGCUGCUGGCUGCCGCCGGCUUCUUCCACACCGGCCGACAGGACAAAGUGAGGUGCUUCUUCUGCUACGGGGGUCUGCAGAGCUGGGAGCAAGGGGAUGACCCCUGGACCGAGCACGCCAAGUGGUUCCCCAGGUGUGAAUUUCUGCUCCAGACAAAAGGAAGGGACUUUGUCUGCAGCGUCCAGGAGUCUUGCUGCCACCUGCUCGGCUCCUGGGAUCCAUGGGGAGAACUGGAAGAUGCCACGGCUGCCGCCCCCCCAAGUCCCGCCAGCCCUGAGCUGCCCACGCACAGAGGAGAGACCCCGUCAGAGGGCGCCAGGGAGCCAGGGGCCCGGGACACAGAGGAGCAGCUGCAGCGCCUGCAGGAACUGCAGUAAGAGCGGACCUGCAAGGUGUGCCUGGACCGCGCCGUGUCCAUCGUCUUCGUGCCCUGCGGCCACCUGGUGUGUGCCGAGUGCGCGCCCAACCUGCAGCUGUGCCCUAUCUGCAGGGCUCCCAUCCGCAGCUGCGUGCGCACCUUCCUGUCCUAG